GAUGACCUAAUGGCAGAGCUGAUCUCAACGUUUGGAGAAAAAUCAUCGAAGUUGGAGAUACGGCGCAAAUUUGAAGGGCGCAUAUGGAAGCGAAGCGAAACUUUUGGGAGUUAUGUCGACGAUAAGAUAAUGCUUGCUCAGGGCAUUAAUAUUGAUGCAGAUGAAAUGUUGAGCUGCAUCAUCGAAGGUAUCCCCAAUCAAGGGCUACGCAAUCAGGCCCAUAUUCAAUGCUUUGUGAAUAUUGGGCACAUAAAGAGAGCGUUUGCUGAUGUAAGCUUGCCAAAGCUAUAUGGAGUUGGCAGGCCGACGACAACAACGGAUUCCAAGGACAGCAAGGAGACUCGUUGUUUCAAUUGCAAUGCAAAAGGGCAUUGGGCGUACGAGUGCAGGAAGUCAAAGAGGGAGAAAGGAUCGUGCUAUGCGUGCGGUGAGAUGGGACACUUUGUUGCGAAAUGCUUGAAGAACAAAAACAAGAACGAGGGCGAAAACAAAUAUAAUGCCUCAUAGAUACAGGAAGCCCAA